CAUCAUCAUCAUCAUCAUCAUCAUCAUUACUGGUGUGUACGAGGAUUUCUCUCCACCGGACUGAGAGAAUGAAUCACAAGAGCUCAGUGUGUCCAAUGGACAGAUCCAUUUAAACAAGCACACCAGCGGACUGAAGGUUGUCUCCAGCUCCCCGUGAGCACUAGCGUAUGCUGUUCCCCAGAUCUGCUCUGUCAUGAUGUCGAGGUAUCAUCAGCGUUUUGAGCGGGAUUUCCGCGGCAUGUGGGAACGGCGAGAACACUGUGCCAUGAACAGCAGCUGCGGCGGAACCAUUAACAGCUGCAUCUCUACGCCCGCCUCUUCCGUCACCCACAGCAGCAACAAUCGUCCUGGGCUCCUCCCCCUGCCCGUCAUCCCCUCACUGCUACCCACACCGGUAACCGGGACGACCAGUGCACCCAACACUGAUCUGACCUGCAAACGAUUAGUGCCCGCCUGCACAACAUCCACAUCGAAGGUCUCUGUGCAGCCAUCGGCAGACACGCAGACACAGGGCCUGGUUCUCGCUAAUAGUGUCCGGUGGGGACAAACGCCCAUUAACCAGUCCACGCCCUGGGACACGGAUGAGCCGCCUGCCAAACAGAUGAGGGAGAAAGAUAUCACAGCUCCUCUGUGGCCGCCGGUCGCCACUGCAGUCAGCCAGCCUGGACUGAUGGCACACACGUAUGCCAUGCCACAGGCACCAGCCUACAGUCAGGGUGUGACCGUCCAAGCACCCAUCAUCGGCGUGACCCCUGCGCUCCAAACCCCUUUAGCCCCCCCUCACCCACAUCUGCCCACCCACUACCAGCUCCCUCAACAACCCUCACAGCCGAUGGCCAGCAUGGUGCUCAACGUUCAGAGCCAGCCCCUCGCUGUCGGCAGCCUGCCGCCCAUGCCUAGCGUCUGCCAACUCACCCACCCCGUCCACACGGUAGUGGGCAACGGCCACAUAACACAUCCCAUGGUGCAAUCCACCACCUCGACACUGCCCAGCAAUGGACUGUUGACGAAUGGACAACCAGUCUCGCAAAACCCACAAGAGACCAUCAACGGCCUGCAGAUGCUUAGAACUGUUGGAUUGGGGAAAUACGAAUUCACCGACCCUUUGCAUCCUAAAGAAAUGUUGAAGGAAUUGAACGAGCAGCGGCACGAGAAAGACUUUACAGACCUGAAAAUAAUAGUUGAAGGCAAAGAGUUUGAAGUCCAUCAAAAUGUUCUAGCUUCCUGCAGCUUGUAUUUCAAGGACAUGAUUAAAAGGUUAUCGGCGGAGAACAGAAAUGGCAAUAAGAUGAAGUUAACGUUGAGUAGCAUCAGUGCAGACGUUCUGGAGAUUCUCCUGGAGUUUGUUUACACCGGCUCGCUCAUUAUCGACUCAGCCAACGCCAAGACCUUAUUGGAGGCGGCGAACAAGUUUCAGUUCAACACCUUCUGCAAAGUCUGUGUGUCUUUUCUCGAGAAACAGUUAACGGCCAGUAACUGUCUUGGCGUUUUGGAGAUGGCGGAGGCGAUGCAGUGCACAGAACUUCACAACAUGGCAAAAGCGUUCGCUCUGCAGAACUUCCCUGAUGUUGCCAGUCAAGAGGAGAUCCUGAACAUUUCCAAAGAAGAUCUGGUUAGCUAUAUGUCCAACGACAGCCUGAACACUAAAGCUGAGGAGCUGGUCUAUGAGACGGUCAUCAAAUGGAUUAGAAAGGAUCGUGGCAACAGAGUUCAGCAUGUUUCUGAGCUGUUGGCAGUGGUCCGUCUCCCCUUCAUUCAUCCUAGCUAUCUGCUGAAUGUGGUGGACAAUGAGGAGCUGAUUAAAUCUUCAGAGGCCUGCAGAGACCUGGUGAAUGAAGCCAAACGCUACCACAUGCUGCCUCAUGCCCGUCAAGAGAUGCAGACACCCAGAACUCGCCCGAGACUGUCGGCAGGUGUUGCCGAGGUGAUCGUUCUGGUGGGGGGUCGGCAGGUCAUCGGAAUGAACCAGCGUUCACUGACAGUCGUCACUUGCUUCAACCCGCAGAACAACAAGUGGUACCCCCUGGCCAGCUUGCCUUUUUUCAACCGCGAGUUCUUCUCCGUCAUAUCAGCGGGGGAUAAUAUCUACCUGUCAGGUGGCAUGGAGUCUGGAGUCACACUGGCAGAUGUGUGGUGCUAUAUGUCCCUGCUGGAUAAUUGGAAUCUGGUGUCUCGGAUGACAGUACCGCGUUGCCGGCACAACAGUGUGGUGUACGACGGCAAACUUUACACCAUCGGAGGACUUGGAGUGGCCGGAAACCUGGAUAAUGUGGAAAGGUACGACACCAUCACCAACCAAUGGGAGAUGGUAGCCUCUUUGCCAAAACCUGUCCAUUCAGCAGCAGCGACAGUCUGUGGAGGGAAAAUCUAUGUGUUUGGAGGAGUGAAUGAAGCCGGUCGCUCUGCUGGAGUUCUACAGUCUUAUGUGCCUCAAACCAAUGCCUGGAGCUUUAUUGAGUCACCCAUGAUCGAUAAUAAAUACGCCCCAGCCGUGACAUUGAAUGGAUAUAUAUUCAUACUGGGAGGAGCGUACGCCAGAGCCACCACCAUCUAUGACCCCGAGAAAGGAAACAUCAAAGCAGGACCCAACAUGAACCAUUCGAGACAGUUCUGCAGUGCUGUGGUGCUGGACGGUAAGAUCUACGUGACCGGAGGUAUCGUGAGCAGUGAGGGUCCAGCGCUGGGAACCAUGGAGGCCUUUGACCCCUGUGCCAAUGUGUGGACCCUGCAGCAAAGCAUGCCCUGCCCGCUCUUCAGGCAUGGCUGCGUGGUUAUUAAGAAAUACAUCCAGAGCGGCUGACACAUGUGAACAUGACUCUACCCUCUCCUGCACACUGAACACCGACUUUCUACACACCCGGGAUUAGACGUGCUGAUACCGAAGCCCAUUUAACUCUCUCUCUCACACACACACCCACUGGGAAUAUAGAAUCUGAUCUGCUCUGUUGGGCGCACAUAGGCCUUCAUGUAAUAUAGCACACCUGACAGAGCUGUCACUCCACUCUCCAAAGUCUGUGUCUUUUUUCUUUGAAGAUAUUCCUUUUUAUCUCCGUUAACAAAUUAGCAGUUUUUGCAUUGCAGGAGUCAUCAUUGCUACCUUUUUAAUGUUUGCAUCAUUGUACUUUUCUUUCUUUUUUGAGCAAUACUUGAAAAUUACACUGUCUGGUUGCAGUAAUCCGUGUAAGGGUUCACUCAGUCAUACUACUGUUUCAUCAUCUCACUUCAGAAGCACUUUUUAAUAAUGUAGAGGAGCAAAUGGAGACUAUGUUUCACUUUGUUAGAACCUACUAAAACUUUAAUAUAAUUGUACAAUCUUAAAGGGAUAGUUCACCCAAAAAAAUACAAUUAUGUCAUUGUUUACUCACCCUUAUGUUGUUUCGAAAUUGUAUGACUACUUUUUCUCCAGUUAAACACAAAAAGAAAUGUUUAUAUAUAUAUAUAAAUGUUCAUGCUGCAGUUUUCCAUAAAACAAAAAUAUACAAUAAAUGUCAAGCUCCAAAAAUGACAAAACAGUCACCAUAAAAAUAGUCCAUACAACACAUGUGCAAUAUUUCUGGUCUUUUAAAGUCAAACAUAAGUGUUUCAUGAUGAACAGACCACAAUUUAAAUCAUUAUAUGGUGAAUAUCUUGCCUUCUGCAGCUCUCAAAUCUCAUACAUGUUCAAUGUUGGUUAGAUUACUUCUGAAAUGUAAUCUGGUAUGGACUACACAUAAACUAAAAUUUUAAUCUUUUAGAUUAAAAUGUAUAGGUAAUCUAAUAUUGAUUACUUGUUGCAUGUUUUGAUGAAAAUUUAAUUUUAAGUGUAUCAAGUAGAGGUCGGCCAAUAGUUUUUAGAAUAUCAAUAACAAAUCUUAAUCUUUCCUUACUAUGACAGGCAUAAUGGGUACAAGAGUCUAAAAUAAUCAAAAUCCCAGAUGCAAUUUAUUGUGCAACCGAAAUCCCAAUAAUAACCUUAAAAAAGAAAGAUUUGGUGCAUAGUACAGAACUUUAACUAUUAACAAGCCCAGUAUACACAUACUUAUUUCAGGACUUUUAUUUUGGAAUGAAUGAGACUUUGCUCCGUUACAAUACUCUAUAUUUAAGUAUUUACCAAAUUAAUAUUUUUAUAGCCUAUAUUCACCAGAUUAAAACUAUCAGCAACUAUCGGCAUACAUUUUUGCAGAUAACCGAUAGUUCUAAAAAGCAACUAUUGGUACCGUUUAAUCGGUAAAACCAAUAUAUCAGUCUACCUCUAGUAUCAAGUACCAAUUUACACUAAUUAAAAUAAAGGAAUUUUCUGUGUUUAAUACAAGUUAAGCUCAACCAACAGCAUCUGUGGAAUGUUGAUAACCACAGAGAAAUAAUUUAAAAGAAAUAGCCGAUAACCGAUUAAUCGGCCAAUAGUUUUUAUAAUAUUAAAAACAUUUCUUAGUCUUUUCUUACUAUAACGGUCACAAACAUAAAGGCUACAAGAGUCUAAAAUAAUCAAAAUCCCAGAUGCAAUUUAUUGUGCAACCAAAAUCCCAAUAAUAACCAUAAAAAAUAAAGAUUUGGUGCAUAGUACAGGACUUUAACUAUUAACAAGCGCAGUAUACACAUACUUAUUUCAGGACUUUUAUUUUGGAAUGAAUGAGACUUGGCUCCGUUACAAUACUCUAUAUUUAAUAUUUACCAAAUUAAUCUUUUUAUAGCCUAUAUUCACCAGAUUAAAACUAUCAGCAACUAUCGGCACACAUUUUUGCAGAUAACUGAUAGUUCUAAAAAGCAACUAUUGGUACCGUUUAAUCGGUAAAACCGAUAUAUCGGUCUACCUUUCGUAUCAAGUGCAUAUUUACACUAAUUAAAAUAAAGGAAUAUUCCGUUAAAACUAUCAGCAACUAUCGGCAUAGAUUUUUGCAGAAAACUGAUAGUUCUAAAAAGCAACUAUCGGUACCGGUUUACCAGGUAAACCGAUAUAUCGGUCUACCUCUAGUAUCAAGUACCAGUUUAAUCUAAUUAAAGGAAUAGUCUGUGUUUAAUACAAGUUCAUCUCAAUCAACAGCAUUUGUGGCAUAAUGUUGAUAACCACAGAGAAAUAAUUUCUACUGUUUUUUUUUUUUUUAUCGGUUACUGUACAGCACUAACAAUUGAAGUGAACUAUUGGGUGAACUAUACCUUUAAUUUCAUAUCUUUUAGUUUUAUCAUAAGAUUCAUAUGAAUCAGACACAGUAUGUCUAUAUGGUUCGUGUAAUGUGGGAAGACCUUCUCUUUCCAUGAGGAGUUUGUGAACAGUAACACGGGUGGAAAUAGUCUCACCUCUCUCCGACACCAUCCAACUGAAAAUUGUUAAUUUACAGGAUCUUGGACCGGAAUGUGAAUGCAGACUGGAUGCCUCAAACUGAACUGAUGUAAAAUUUGUAGCUUGAUUUUUGGACUGUUUCACACUUUUCUGGCACGUUGCCAAAGCACAAACAGGAAUUCAAACAGGAAGUGUUUGCCUUUAUUUCCUCUGCAUUGCCAAACGGUGAGGAUGGCGCGACACGCUGUCCGACAGGGACAACCAUUCUCAAUCUCUGUAAAUUACAGGGGAAAAAAGUUUAUUUUAGAAACUAUGCGUGUUCACAAAAUGUUUCUAGACAAAUGUAUAGAAUGUUGAAGAAAUGUAUUGUACAAAAAAACAAGCUGUUAUUGUUUAAAUUAAUGAUUUAUUGCAUAAUCAUUCAUUCAAACAAUAAUAUGUA